AUGACAGACAAGCUGACUGCAAGUAAGGAACAUGUCAAUUAUGCUGGACUACUUGUAGAAAUGGAGAUACAAGAAGAGGUUCCUGAGCAAGUAGUAUUUGAGGAUGAAAUAGGGAUCAUUCAGGUACAAGAAGUAAGGUACAUACGGAGACCUGUUAAAUGCAGAGAGUGUCAAGGGUUUGAGCUUGAAACAAAGAUUUGCAGAAGGAAAAAGAACCCGGUGCAGGAAACCCCAAAACCUGUACCAGUUAAGAAGACCCCAGAUGAGAAGGAAUGUAGACUAGUGGAAAGGCCGAAAAGUCUAACUAGGAGCAGGGGAAAUGAUGAUCUCAAUGCCAACCAGAGGAAAGAGAUUGCUAACAAGGGCCCUGCUACGAGUCAUUUGAGUUUUGAAGUACUGAACAGCUUGGCAGAUGAUGAAAAUAGUGAAAGGGAAAGGCAGAAGAAACCAUAA